AUGGAGAGAAUAUUCUUCAAAUCAGACAUCGAGGACGCGUACCUGGGCUUGCCCAUCUACGUGUUUGACACGUCCUAUUUGCCCUCCCCAGACGUGAUCGACUAUGACCUCUUCAUCCCAACGCUUAUGAAUACGUUACCGCUGGAAAAGUACAUCUUGGUGAUGUUCUCGUGUGGUUUGAACAAAAUACUGUGGAUCCACGGUGUCAAGUUCUUACGGCUGUUUCUUUCGCCCGAGACGUCCAACUUCGAUAAUCUACAUAAGAUCAUAGCUGUUCACGAAAGCUGGUUUGUGAAAUCCAUAGCGCUGAUCUUGACCAACAUCUCCAUCUCGAAAAAGACUUUGACUCGCUUGCACAAGCUCUUUGACCCUUCAUCCCGCCAUCUGGAUACUCUUAUAAGCUGUGGCUCCUUGGCUGAACUUCUGGGAUACGUUGAUAUCACCAGGUUGAAGAUAUCCUUAAACAUUUACAAGCACGAUGCCCAGACAACCAACUCCACCAAAAUCUCAUUCAAUUGCCCGACAAUGAGCCUUAUAACAGAAAAAACGACCUACUCUCCACAUUCGGAUCCCCUAUUCACCUACCACUUCAAUCAAAUCUUCCGCAUUAUCGAUACGUACGGUCCCAAGGCUCAAGACAUCUUCAUGAAGCCAGGGAACCGCCAGAACACAGAAAUCUUAUUUCAAUGCAUCCUCCGAAACCAAUUUAUCUGGAUUAACGACUGGGAUCUCCAUUGCAUCGCUCUGACAUUCAAAAAGAUUCUUCUGACAGUGACGCCUCCCCUUAUUGACAUUGACGAUAUCACUUUGCCCAUGAAGGAUGAUUUGGACUACACUUUGAUGGUUUUGAACAAAAACUUUGCUUUAGGCACUGCUGCCGCAUCAGUUUUGUUUCGUGUGAUCGACCUAUGCUCUAAAAUAGUGGACCACACUGAUGCAACUAGACAUCAACCACUUAGCAUUCUGAAGUGCAUGUGUCACGCUUUAACUCAUGAACUAAAACUGCUGCAAAACACACACCGUACAUCAAUUGCCGUAAGGUACAUCAAAAACCUCAUUUUGCAUUGGGGCAAAAUACGACCCUUGUUCUAUGGUAGGCUUUCAGACACUGCUGAAGGUUGCAAAGAGAAUGAAAAAUACGACGAACUGUAUGACCUAUCGCAUGACAUCACCAUGGAGGAAGCCAACACUAGUGGAGAAGAGGAGAAUCAAAGAGUUCAGGUUAACACAAAUACCAUUCUAGACAACAACACUGCACUAGCAUUACCAAGCGAACCAAAUGAAAAAUCAACACCGCCUCCAAGGCCAGCCACAAGACGAGCAUAUACAAAAGAACCAUCAAAGAAGGAAAAGCUACAGGAUGUAUCCAAUAUCAAAGCACAAUGGCCUCCACAAAAGUAUAAAUUCAAGAGAGACAACCUACCUACGAAAGAGAAGCCUGUAGAGGAGGAAGUGCCACAGUUGCCUGUGAAACGACCAGUGGUGAGAGGACGAAAGGUAGGAGAGCUAACGAGGCUUUUUGAGGAAAGAACUCAGGCCAUGAAGCUACUUGGCGCUAUAUAA